UUCUGGGUUUACUGCUUCAUAAGAUGGAAACUAUGAGAGACAGAAGAACUACUCUGGGCAGUUGCCUCAUUAACAUGAAAGGGAAAGAAGACGUUGAUUCCAGCAAACUAUUUUGUAAAGUUAAUAAAAGACAGCAGAAGGAGAUCCCUCACCUAUCAGACACAUGCUCCUGGUCAAAUAAACCCGGAGUUGAUUUCAACAGAAGUUUACACAAAGAGCCGUUCUCUUCCGAGAUGAAGAAUUAUUUGAGUAAGGCUGAUCCAUUGCCACACAUUGGUAACAAAAUGCCUCCUUAUUUGAGAAAAUCAACAAGAAGAAAUUCAACUAAAGCAGCUGCUCAGAAAGAGUCAGUUAAUGUGGUUUUUCCUGCCAAAGAACAUUUUGCUAAGAUUUUCUGUAGUAUUAAUGAAGCAGUAGUCAGUGACUGGCUGGAAAGAGCUAUCUGUUCUGUUAACGACCUCAAAGAGUGGUGUCACAUAGCGGAUAAUUUUGUACGGUUUGCAAAUUUCUGGCUGUCAGAACUGCCAUACAAACAAAAAGUAAACUUGCUGCAGUUAGAAAAGGGGCUCCUUGAGGAUGAACUGCAAAGUGCAUUUUUUGAGGAAGUAGGCACUGAGUUAGAACUCUCUCACCUGUGCUCUGUCCUUUCUGCAACACUAUGUGAAUACCCUGAAGUGCUUCUGAAUGAUGAAACAAAAUAUGUUUUCCUUGACUAUCUAAACCUCAUGUCUUCAGAGCAAACAAUAGAAUAUAAGAAAAUGCUUUCAAGUUUAAAAUGUACAACAAACAAUCUUCAGGUAGCACUGUGGUUGCUAGCUCUACGAGCAUUUGCAUUAGCAAACCUGUGGCAUGCAGUAGUUAAGGUAAAAACAAAACAAUAAGAAACAGUCGUGAGAUUAAUAUAAAAUCUGUUCUUUAAAAUGAAUGUUUCUAAUUGAAUUUAGAUGCAAACAGCACAGUUAUUAAGUUUCUGCUUAGGUUUGUGUGAUUAGGCAAAUUUAACAGAAUUAUAACUGGAAUUGUUUUCUUGAAACUGGUUGUUAAAACAAGGAAUCAUUUUUAUAUUAGGAAACUUUUUUUUGAAGUAUUUAAAAUUGUGCUAAUGAUGCAUUCAGAGUUGGGUAAGCCUUUUAGAAUAUUAAUGUUUUUGCCAACAUUAAUUUCUCACUAGUACUAUUGGACAUAAGGCACUCUUCAAUUUCCAUUUUAAAGGGCUACUGUCAAAAUUCAACCUUCAGCAUCUUUUUGCUUCUGACCCAUGUAAAAUUAAACUCAUCUAUUACUAGCUCUGCUGGGUUAACAUUAAGUUGCUUUUUUUCUUUUGUAGAAAUGUUUUAACCUGCAGUAAAAUUUGAUUUCCUUUCUCACUACUCUAAAUCUGUUUUCCUAACCAACUUAAAAAAAUUUAAAUGGAGACCCUAAGAUAAAAAUUGCAGCAUUGGAUUUCUUGUUAGAAUGGUCACUUCUCUGAUCCUCAGAAACCUUAUAGUAUUAUGUUAAUUGAAAAACUAACUUGAAAGUGGAUUUGAGUGGUAAUAGCUCAGCUAUAGGUUGGUCUAUCAAGUGUUUUCAUUAUAAAGGGUCCAGUUUUCUGGGAUUGGAAUGUGUUCUGCAUGGAAAAAUUUAAAUUUUCAGAAGGUCCUUUUUGUUAACAACAGACUUGCCUCAGCAAUUAAGCGAAAGUCAAUGAGACUCUAUCCAGUGAUAUAUUGAUAUAUUGUGAUAUUGAUAUAUUGUGAAAUAAGGGAAAAUGUCUGGUAUGGUUUAAAAUGGGAUUUUUUUUUUUUUUUGGCCAAACCCUUCUUUCAUUUCCUUCUAAUUUUUUUCCUUUUAAUCUUUCCUCUUUUGGUUCAUGGCUUUCCAUGCCUGUUCUUAAACAUUUUAUUGGCCUUGUAAAUUGUAGAAAUGUAUUAAGCUCAUUUGCCAAAAAGCAGUAGAAUUUCCUAGGUAGCAUUCAAUGCUGAAAUGAAAUUUGACUUGUGGCUAUGUAAGAAUAAAGUAUGUCCUUUUAAAUAAAAGCUCGUAAUGGGGGAGGGUAAAAAAAGUCAUCUUCACUUUUUAUUGUAUUAGCUGCUAAUUUUUCUUUUGAUAAUAUACUAAGUUACUAGGUCUAUGCACAUCCCUGUCAAUAGGUCAUUGUAUUAUGUGAAAACUUCUGUGUUAAAUCCUCUAUCUGGUAGCACUGAGGACAACUCAGCUGUAGUCAUACUACAUUCAAAUACCAACAAAGACAGUUUGGGAAAGAAGUUGGUUCCCAAACCAAAGGCUGACAGUCCAUAAAGGUACAGGUGAUAAGUCUGUGAAAUUAUAUGACUCCUCUUUAUUUUUUCAAAGUAAAGUUAUUUGGUAUGAACAGUUGAUUUUGAGGCUGUAAAUGCAGAAGUCCUAAGGUGAGAUUCUCGUAACCAAAUUGCCUCCAUAUUUAAUUUAUAUAAGACCCCCUUCAAGUUUUAUAGUUUUGACAGUAUAGAUGUUAAAGAAACUACUUUUGGAGGAAUUGUAGUUAAAAUUCAUGCAUUUUAACAGUGACUUUACUGGUUAUCUCAAUGGAGACUUUUUGAAGAUUAAAUAGCAAUUCUUUUUUUUUUUAAAUAGCAAUUCUUAAAACAUAAUAUAUAAAAAUAAGAUUUUUGUUAGGGGUUUUUAAUUUAUGUUUGGAAAUCAUAAUCGCUUUUCUGUCAUAUCAAAGCAGAUGAUUGGAGGGAUAAUUACUAAGUUACAAACCUGUAGACAAUAAAAAGCAAUUGAGAAAGUGUUAACUUUUAAAAAUUAGGUCAUUAUUGCUUUUAUGUCUGCUUAGUUUAUAAAUAGGGCAGCAAAAUAUGUUUUAGGCUUUAACCCAAAUUUCUUACCACUCUAAAUUCAGAAAAUACAAAAAUUGUACUUUUGCAAUACAAUAUUUUCACAUGCGUAAUGUGAAAUAUUCUCUAGAAUUUUCUCGGUACAUUUCUUCAGAUUUACAAACCAAAAAAACCCCAAACCAAAACAAACAAAAAAACCUUCUCUUUUUCUGACCUCUUGAGCAGAUGAAAAUAAAGGCCUUUGUGGAAAAGUGCCUGAACUUAUAGUGUGAAAUAGCAGUAAUUCUGCAGUCUCUAGUUUGUAGAACUGUGAGGGACUCAGAAUGGAAGCUGGAGUGCCUAAGCAUCCCCCACUCCCCAGUUUGGCAGUGACAGAGAAUGCAAAAUAUUCCUGAAUUCUGAAGCUUAUUUAAAGUUUAAAGAGUUAUUACUCCUAGUGGAAUCUUCUUUUCUUUUGUUUCUUUUCAACAUUUCAUGUUUAUCAAGUACUAAGAAAGUCUAAUUAGGUUAAAAUACAUGUUUACUUACAUUGCACUUUAUCCUACAUAUCCUAUUCAUUGAAAACAGUAUGUUUGCACUACUAUAAUUUCACUGGAAAAAAAGUUAUUUUCAGUGGUCAUGGCUCCCAAGAAAAAAUGCUUGGGAAAAUAAUCUCAAUGGAAAAAGCUUUCACUCAUUUUUACAAGAUGAUUUUUAAAAUACAAGUAUAUACCUUUACUGGCUCUGAGGCUUGUUAUAUUUGGGGAAAGUACUUUUUAAACAAAAAUCUUUUGAAUUAGUUGGUAUGGAACUUUAUCAAGCCUUGAUAAAAGUCAGACAUGGGAAUUAUUCUUGACAGUACAUUCAUUACCUUCUAAGACUGAAAAAUUCCUGAUCAUUAGAAUUUCUUCUACUAGAUAGAGCACAAGCACAAGAUAGUUUUAUAGCAUUUUCAGGUUGACUGUACUUCCGUAUAGAAUAUAUGGUAAAUUUUAUUUUUAAAUUGUUUGGUUGCCUAAUAACAUAGGGAUAUUUUUCUAGAGCAACUGUAGAUCAUCACAGUAUUAACAAAGUAAAACACUUGCUUAACUGUUUAAUGCUUUUUGAAAUUUAGUUUUAUAAGGCAGUGGUCAGUAACCAACCUCCUCCUGGACUACCCAGCAAGAGUUCUGUUUCUGCUACUAGAAAACAAAAAAGUGAACUGUUUAAAAAAAGGUAAGAAAACUGUCCUUGUUUUGAAUUUUAAGGGUAUGUCCUUUAUCAUGUGGGAGUUUACAAAAAUGAUGCACUGUUCCUUUUAAAAAUAAAUUUAAAAAUAUAAUUAUACAAUGCCCAUGUGUUUUCAGGAUCUUACUCGAAUUUUAUAGUAUCUUCCUUAUUUCAUUUAAAUUCUCAGGUUACUUUGACAGUUUUAUUCAUUGUAAAACCUUCAGAGGAUUUAUUCCUACUAGAUCAUAGGUACUUAACAUUUGCUAUACUUUUAGUUGUCCUUCAGAAUGCUUGCUUUUGCUAACUUUGGCAAAGAUUAAGAGCUAAAAAAUGUCAGUCAUCUUCUGGGGAUGGUUCAGCAAAAUAUAUAUAUGUGUGUGUGUGUGUGUGUAUAUAUACACAUAUAUAUAUAGCAAAUUUUGUAUUCUGAGUGACUGAUAAGUACCUAUCACAUAUCCACUGGUUUCAGAUCAUUAUUUAUAUAAAAAUAAAAAAAGGCAGCAGAAAUUACAGCUAGAAUGAAAUAUGUUCAACUUUUAUGAAAUUCAUUGAGGAGUGUGGCAAUUAAACUGUUGUCUUUCUGGGGUCUAGACUAGCAGCAGAGCUUAUAAUGGAAUCUCUCUUUAUGUUUUUUUUUUGCCACUUUUCCAAAAUUAUGGUCUAGUGACUGAAUACUUUAGAGUCUGAUGCUUUUUCAGUGUACAGUGUUACAACCAAGCUUGGAAGUUCUUUUGAAAUCAACUCCUUUUUCCAGUAUCAUUAUAGUGAAGAAUUUUUUUUUUUUUAAUCAGAAAAGUUCAAUCUCAUUUUAUGGCUCAAAGAAUUCUGGAAGGAUAAUUUCCAUCAGGCACAGAGCUCAUUUUGUCACAGUUUGCUUCAAGUCAUAGAUAUUGCACCAAACCCUUUUUUAAAAAAAAUUGUCUCAUUAAGGGUAGAGUUGAGUUUUAUUUUUCAUGGGUUGACUGAAACAGCAGUUUCUUCCAUCACCUAUGACCCCGGUGAAGUGAAGAUAAUACGAAUGCUAUUCUUUUUGAUGUGUGAGUCCUUUAGGAGUCAAGGGAGAGGAUAGCAUAGGGAUAAGAAUGCCUAGUAUAGUACUAGGUGAACAUCUUUCAUGUGGAAGGACUCUUCAUCAAAUUUACAAGGAAUGCAUAUUUUAAAAAACCUUCUAAAGUAGACCUUUUCUUCAUUGGUAAAAGAGGAAACAUCUUUGGCUUUUUCAUGUUUUGAUAUCUUUUUAAUACAGCUUUUAGCAAGAAAAUGAGAUUUCUUUUGUUAAAUAUUCUUGCUUAAUGUCAAGUUGUUUGUUUUUGUUUGUUUGUUUGUUUGUUUGUUUUAGUAAUGUGGAGAAAGAGGAGUUGUAUUAGGCAUAUAAUCUGAUUUUCUUCCCAUGCCAUUUGUUUUAGGUAACUAUCCCUGUUAGAGUCAAAGCCAAACUUAUGUUACGUUUAAUCACAUCAGAAUAUGAAGUUUUAUCAUUAGUUGUUAACCAAUGUAAAUUCUGAAGUGUUUUUUUCUUAUUACUCCUACCAAAUUCAAGUUGAUUAUUUAGCUCAAACAACUGGAACAAGCCAUAGUUGGUGAACUUGUAUAGACUUUAUGUGUUCCUUUGGAGCACUCAUAAGCAGCCACAUUUAAUUAAGGUUGUUUUUUGUCUACACAAAAAGAUGUUUACAACUUUGUAGUGAUUUUUAGCGAUUUGUUAUCUAACACAUUUUUAAUGAAAUGCCAGUUUAUUUCUGUAGUAACUUUAAAAUUUAUUGUUCGUAUGUAAAAGUAGUCUUUUUUGUAAUAGUGCAUUCCACAAUACUGAAUGCUAUAAAGGACUUAUGAUAAUGCUCACCUGUGCCACAAGAGGGAGCCAGGCAUUCAGUUUUCAGAUUAUCUGCCUAAGUGAUGGCCUUGUUUUUUUCUGGUAUUCUUAGAUCUGAAUUCACAACAACCACCACAAAAACUCUGCAUUUACUUUAUAUGGAUUGUUACUUUGUUGAGUGUAAUGUAUAAAACCUUACAAUAGGACAGUAACAUUGUAACUGUUAAAUCAAAACCAAUGGAUAGUUCUGUUGAAGUGUUUUUUAAAAAAGGAAAAUAAAGUGUGUUGGAAAAAUGUUAUGUAUGUUU